UUUAGAUGCAUUAAAGGCAUUUUUUUUCUGUCGCUGAUAAUAAUUUUACAUAUCUGAUCUAGACAUGUUCACUGACACGCAUAUUCUGCAGUAGUUACAUUUUACUGGGUUGCUGACGUUGUGCCCUUACAGUUUCGUUUAUUCUUAAUCAGAGCAAUAGGUGGAAAGUGAAACUUAUCUCGAUAUUGUCCCCAAAAUAGAUAACGUACCCUAGCCUAUAAAAACCCUCCCCAGUGUCUAUAUUGAACCAGACAACUUUUGGAUGAGGAACUCGGAGAUUUAUAGAAGGUCCUAUUGAAAAUAAGUUGUCAGUGAGAUAUACUGUACUGCUUCAAGGAAACUGAAAAAGAAAAACUGCAAACAUUUGCAUCUAUUUUGCAUUUUAACAAUACAGGGAUGUCUGAGGACAAGCUUAAAUUGUUGUUCUGCCACUUUACUUGGGACUUGCAAAAGGAAGAUGCUGAUCUUAACUUUCUCGAAGUGAAAGUUCGUGAAAGGCUGGCAGUAAAAUGCAAAUAUGAAGGAAACCUAAAACAAAGAGAAUUAAAUUUUUUGGCCUUUAUCAAACAUUUACAAGGAUUUAACGACGAGGCACUUAAGACCCUGCAACUAGCAAAGAAGGAACAUCCAGACGAUGACAGCAAUGUGAUUGUGACGUAUGGAAACUUGGCCUGGGUGCACAGUCUCAUGGGCAGUGUGACUGAGGCUGAAACUUACAUAGCGAAAGUAAAUGAAAUCCUUAGAGCUUUCCCUGCUCCGUCUCCAGCAGAGCUUCACAGAGAAGUUCAAAGCGAAAAAGCCUGGUCGCUUCUCAAGUUCUCUAGAAAGACCUACAUCAGGGCUAAGGAGAGUUUCCUUGAAGCUUUGCAGAAAGAGCCGGAUGACAAGGAAUGGAACACAGGCUUUGCUUUUUCUCUCUUCCGUCUGGAGGGACUGAAGAUUGGUCGAUAUAAGCGUGUAGCGGUUGAAGAGUCUCCUGCUGUGCUCCAGUUGAAGAAAGCUCUGAACCUGGACCCGGACAAUCCGAUGAUCCAUGUGUAUCUGGGGCUCAAGUGCUACAAGAACACAGAGAACGUAAAUAACACAGAGGCAUGGCAGUACAUGACGCAAGCGCUCACGAUGGCUCCGGAUAACCUCAGUGUUGUUUUGCGUGUUGCAAAGUUCAUGAAGAAAGAGCAGCGUUAUGAAAAGGCCCUGGAAGUAUUGCUGGAAAUGCUGAAGAAUGCACCAGAAUCAUCACGUUUACAUCAUGAGAUUGCCAACAAUUACCGCUGGAAAGCCAUGCAGAUGAAUGAUUUAAACAAUCCGGAGUUGUUAGGUCUUUGCAUUCACCAUUUAGAGAAAGGUGCCAGUUUAAACCCAGGCUACAUAUACCCACAGCUGGAGCUUGCGCUGAGAUAUGCAGAUCAUAAGCAGACGGCUAAAGCAGAGCAGAAGUUUACUGAGCUGUUUGCCCUUCCUGACCUAAGGCCAGCUGACCGCCAGGCCUGGCAUCGCAUGUAUGGGGAUUUCAAACAGUACAGGUUGGGCUCCGAGAAAUCUGCGGUUGAGCAUUACAAACAAGGAAUGAUGCUGGGGCGAGUGUCCACCGAAUGGAUCGCCUGCAGAAACAGACUGACAAAAGUCCUUCAGCGGGGCAUAAGGGACAUAUAUGAGAUUCGGACACUCUUUGAUUCCUUUAGAAACGAAAACAAAGAUGAUUAAGAAAGAAUACUUUAAUCUCUGUUCAAGUUCCAGUCGUAGCCUUAGCAAUAAUUCUACUUUUUUGUUGAAUUGUUUUUUCUUUUCUUUUUACCCACUGAGUUUUAACAGAGUUAAAUAUAAUAAUAUAAAUUCAUUAUAGAUGUAUUAUAAUCUGUGUAUAUUAACAUAAUAUAGUCUUUAUCUGUCUUGUCAAGUGUAUUUUAUCAAUUACACCCCAGUUUGUACACAUAUUUACAAAAAUUACAGAUUUUCAAGUUUUGAAACUUUUUCUUCCUGAUAAGCAAUAAAUAAACCCUUUCCAGGUUUAAAGUUGAAA